GUAUCACGUGACGUCUCCACCACCGUCGCCUCCUCCGCCUUCGCCGUCUCUCUAAAACCCUCGCUAUCCCCCUCCAAACUUAAACCCUGGUUUCUCUAUUCAUCGUCGAGAGAGAAUACAGCAAAAUGGCGGGAAUUGGGCUCUGCUGGAGCUCGAAUCUCACUCUACCCCCAAUUUCAGAGAAGCCUGCUCGCUCAAUUCGCAGAGUCUCCGCUGCUUUGAUAAAGAAUUCCUCCUCCGUUGAAGAGAAGAAGACAUCCUUAUCGAUUAAGAAGUCCGAAGGAAUCUUUAACGCUGCCAAGGAGACAGUAGGGCAUCUUAAAGGUAUCAAAUGGAGCGACUUCUGGACUUUGAACAGUUGGGUGGUUCGCGAUUACUACCGUCUUGUAUCUUCGGUUAACGCUCUUGAGCCACAGCUUCGUCGGCUUUCGGACGAACAGUUGAGAGCAAAGACUGUCGAGUUUCGUCUUCGGUUGAGUAGAGGGGAGACCCUUGCCGAUUUGCAAGCUGAGGCAUUUUCUGUUGUUCGUGAAGCUGCCAGAAGGACACUUGGCAUGAGGCAUUUUGAUGUUCAGAUCAUUGGCGGAGCAGUGCUCCAUGAUGGGUGCAUAGCUGAGAUGAAGACUGGGGAGGGGAAAACACUUGUUUCUACAUUAGCUGCUUAUCUCAAUGCACUCACAGGAAAUGGUGUUCAUGUGGUGACUGUUAAUGAUUAUUUGGCACAACGUGAUGCUGAGUGGAUGGGUCAAAUUCAUCGCUUCCUUGGCCUUUCUGUUGGUCUCAUACAGAGGGGCAUGGAUGCUGCUGAGAGAAGAUCCAACUAUAAUUGUGACAUAACAUAUACAAACAAUUCGGAACUCGGGUUUGAUUAUCUCCGUGACAAUCUUUCUGGAAGUAGAGGACAACUUGUCAUGAGAUGGCCAAAGCCAUUCAAUUUUGCAAUAGUUGAUGAAGUUGAUUCAGUCCUUAUCGAUGAGGGCAGAAAUCCAUUGUUGAUUAGUGGUGAGGCUAGUCAGGAUGCCGCACGGUAUCCGGUAGCUGCCAAGGUAGCUGAGCUGCUUGAGCGGGGCAUUCAUUACAAUGUAGAGCUUAAAGACAACUCUGUGGACUUGACGGAGGAAGGAGUUGCUUUGGCUGAGAUGGUUCUUGAAACAAAUGAUCUAUGGGAUGAAAAUGAUCCCUGGGCCAGGUUUUUAAUGAAUGCCUUAAAGGCGAAAGAGUUCUACCGCCGUGAUGUCCAAUACAUUGUUAGAAAUGGGAAGGCAUUCAUUAUCAAUGAGCUUACAGGGAGAGUAGAAGAGAAGAGGAGAUGGUCUGAAGGUAUUCAUCAAGCAGUUGAAGCUAAAGAAGGCCUAAAAAUUCAGGCUGAUUCAGUUGUUGUGGCUCAAAUAACAUACCAAUCACUGUUCAAGCUCUACCCAAAGCUUUCAGGAAUGACAGGAACUGCUAAAACAGAAGAAAAGGAAUUUUUGAAAAUGUUUCAAAUGCCGGUUAUUGAAGUUCCCACAAAUUUACCAAAUAUUCGCCAGGACUUGCCUAUUCAAGCUUUUGCAACUGCACGUGGAAAGUGGGAAUAUGUCCGAGAAGAAGUUGAAUAUAUGUUUAGGCUGGGUCGUCCUGUUCUAGUUGGAACCACAAGUGUGGAGAACUCUGAGUAUCUAUCGGAUCUUUUGACAGACAGGAGAAUUCCUCACAACGUUCUCAAUGCAAGGCCGAAGUAUGCUGCUAGAGAGGCUGAAAUUAUUGCCCAAGCCGGUCGAAAAUAUGGCAUAACCAUAUCUACGAACAUGGCUGGCAGAGGCACUGAUAUAAUCUUGGGCGGAAACCCUAAGAUGCUUGCCAAAGAAGUUAUAGAGGACAACCUUCUCUCAUUCAUGUCCCAGGAGGUGCCGAAUAUCGAAACAUAUGGGGAACCAAUCUCGCAAAAGGGUUUUUCAAAGAUAAAGUUAGGGCCAUCCUCAUUAGGGUUGCUCUCAAAGAUUGCACUCAUGGCAAAGUACGUAUGCAAGAGCGAAGGAAAUGGUUGGUCAUAUGAGAAAGCAAAAUCUGUUAUUACAGAGUCUAUACAAAUGAGUCAAUCACUUGGAACUGAAGAACUUGAAAAAAUAUUAACUAGGGAGUCAGAAAUAUAUCCUCUUCGUCCGGCAAUAGCACGUGCUUAUCAUUCAGUCCUUAAGGACUGUGAGGCACACUGUUAUAAUGAAGGGGCUGAAGUAAAACGUUUGGGUGGACUGCAUGUGAUUGGGACAUCUUUACAUGAGUCUCGACGUAUAGAUAAUCAGUUAAGGGGGAGAGCUGGCAGACAAGGUGAUCCUGGAUCAACAAGGUUUAUGGUGAGUUUGCAGGAUGAAAUGUUUCAGAAAUUUAAUUUUGAUACUGAGUGGGCAGUGAAACUUAUAUCAAAGAUAACAAAUAACGAGGACCUACCCAUUGAGGGACAUGCUAUAGUAAAGCAGCUUUUGGCCCUUCAAAUAAAUGCAGAAAAGUAUUAUUUUGGUAUAAGGAAAAGCCUUGUUGAAUUUGAUGAAGUCUUGGAGGUCCAAAGGAAGCAUGUCUAUGACCUUAGGCAAUCCAUUCUGACGGGUAACUCUGAAAGAAUUUGCGAACACAUAUUUCAGUACAUGCAGGCAGUGGUUGAUGAAAUUGUCUUUGGAAAUGUUGAUUCCCUCAAGCAUCCAAGUGCAUGGAAUCUGGGAAAGCUCUUGAAUGAAUUUGUUGAAAUUGGUGGAAGAUUAUUGGCUGAUGUCAGGGAAGAGGCUUUAUUAUUGUCACUUGAACAGAUACAUGGCCUAAGCUCUAUAAAUGUUGACAAGUUCUCCCUUCCAAAUUUUCCAGUACCUCCUAAUACAUUUAGGGGUAUUCGCAAGAAAAAUUCUUCUUUGAAACGUUGGUUUAUCAUCUGUUCUGAUGAUACCACAAGGAGGGGAAAAUACACAGGAUCUGUCAGUCUACUUCGCAAAUACCUUGGAGAUUUUCUGAUUGCUUCAUAUUUAGAAGUCAUACAGGAAUCCGGUUAUGACGAUACCUACAUUCAGGAUAUUGAGAGAGAGGUAAUAGUGAAAACUCUAGAUUCGUUCUGGAGGGACCAUCUAAUAAACAUGAACAGGCUUAGCUCCGCGGUUAAUGUUCGAAGCUUUGGGCACAGAAAUCCUCUGGAAGAGUACAAAAUAGAUGGGUGUCGCUUCUUCAUCUCAAUGCUCAGUGCAACUAGAAGAUUGACAGUUAAAUCGCUGUUGCACUAUUGGUCAUCUCCAAUGGAAUCAGAAGAGUUAUUUGCACCAUGAAAGCUGAACAUAGAGGAAGCAAAAGAAUAUCCUUUUUGAGUUCCGAACCUACAUUUCCUUGGCGUUGACACAAGGAUAUUAAUUUCCAAGAUGUCAUUGUGAUUUGAUGGUCCCGAUGAAAUGGUGAAAAUAUUAUUACGAUGGCGUAGUCUGCAGAUUUAUGCGCAAGAUAUUCAAAAGUUAUACUGGUCUAAAGGAUGCUAACAAUGAUGUGGAUUGUAUGUAUCACGGACCCUUGUGUUUAAUUUAACGAAGCAUGUACAUCACCAAUAUAUGUAUAUAGUAAACUUUUAUGUUGUAAGAACAGUAAAUUUGUAAAUUGAGAGAUAAAGAGAUUGGCAUAUGCAAAUUACUGCCAACACAAUUACAUUGUAAACUCUCGAAUUGUCCUGUCGACAUAGAAGCUAAUUUGUACUUUUGAGUUAAUAACAUGCUAAUGAGCGCAAAUACUUGAUUCUGGGAAUUCUUUUUUGUUAA